AUGACUUAUUAUGGAGGCCGAGGCCCUAUGACCAAUGCGGUCCUGUGGGUAGAGGUCGUUGUGUUUGCAGUUUUCGCGGGGCUCAGGCUCUAUACGCGAAAGUACAUUCUCAACGCCAUUGGCCUUGACGACUAUCUAGUAAUCAUUGCACUAGUGAGAUCUCCAAAUCUGAUUGUUCCUUUCAAGACUGACAAAAUCAAGGUCCUCCAUAUAUUAUACACUGCCUUUGUUACUGUAGCGACUGCCUACGGUUUAGGCCGACUAUUCGCUGAUGUUGGCGAUCCCGUCAUAUACUUCACGGCUGUCAAGUAUGAGCUCUUCAGCCAGGUGGCUGGACUCAUGGUUAUCGGCGUAGGCAAGGGAGCCGUCGGAUUGUUUCUUCUUCGAAUUGUGCGGAAUAAGUUCCAGAUCUGGAUCAUUUGGGGCUGUCUCGUGAUUACUGCUUUUAUUACCCUUUUCGCCAGCGUUACCGUUAUAGUGCAGUGUGUUCCUGUCCAAAAGUCUUGGAAUCCAACUACACCGGGCCAUUGCUGGCUCGAAUUUUCCAACGUUGGCUACACUGUUGGAUCAUGGUUCGUGGCCGCCGACUUUGCCUUCGCGAUCCUCCCUUGGUUUGUUGUCUGGGACCUCAACAUGAAACAGAAGGAGAAAUUCACUGUCGCCUGUGGUCUUAGUCUUGGAAUAUUUGCUGGAAUUUGUGGAAUCAUCCGCACCAAAGCCCUGGCUGGCUUGAAUGCUUCGGAGUAUAUAUACGACACUGUUCCAAUGCUCAUCUGGUCGGCCACCGAAAGCUGCGUCACCAUCAUGUGCUCGUCUAUUCCCGUCCUGCGUCCUCUCUACGUUCGCAUCAAAUACGGAAAAGAUGGGAAGAGCAGCUCAUCUUCGGGAAACACGUCCUACAAGAUGCCGAUGUAUGGCAGCAAUCGCAAAUGGGGCAAGUUCUCAAGAUCUGAUCUUGAGUCUUCGAUCGAGCCAGGUGACAGUCCUUAUCAGACGACCGUUAUGAAGCAUGGCCCUAGAAACUCAAGUGAUGAGAAUAUCCUGCGAGGGGCAGCUGGUAUCGAGAGGACUGAUGAGAUCUCAGUCAGCUAUGAGCGAUAUGGGAAGAAAAUUUAG